AUGGCUGGUCACCACCACAGAUCAUCUUUCAAAAAGGCACAUAAGUCCUUUAAGUCAAAACACGCUUCCAAGGGUGCUUUAAAGAGAUUACAUAAGGGUAAGGUUGAACGAGAAAUUUCCAAUAAUAAACCAUUAAAGGGGGAAUCUAAAUUACAAAGACGUAACAAGGCGAAACAAAUUAGGGCACAGAAGAUCCUUGCGUCUCUAGAAAAUAGAAAACUGUUUGAGGGUGUCAAUGGUGCUGAAAAAAUUAUUACUGUUGUUCCCUUGACUGAUGAUUGCAAUCCACAAGAUGCAAUUGACAAAAUAUUGUCAUCCGCUGACGUCCAACAAACUAGUGGUAUUGAAAAUACAAAUAUUGGGGAACCUUGUGUUAAGAAUUAUUAUGUCAAACAAUAUAAGAGUAAUUUGAAAAUUAUAAUUCCAGAUUUAAAUAAUUUUAUGGACAUUUUAGAUGCUGCCAAAGUUUCAGAUUAUGUAGUAUUCCAAUUAAGUGGUGUUUCUGAGGUAGAACAAGACGUUGGUGAACAACUUAUACGUGCAUUAGAAUUACAAGGUAUAUCGUCAUAUAUUGGUGUCGUAUCCAAUUUAUCUGAAGUUCAUCCAAAGGAAAAAUUCCAAUUAGAUAUUAAACAAUCUUUAGAAAGUUAUUUCAAACAUUUCUUCCCUAAUGAGGACAGAAUUUAUAAUUUAGAGAAACCCUCAGAUUCUUUAAUCGUUUUAAGAACUUUAUGUCAAAAAUUACCACGUCCAGUCAACUGGAGAGAUUCAAGAGGUUACAUGGUUGCAGAUGAAAUCGAUUACAAUGAAGUAAAUGACCAAUAUUGUGAAUUAAUGAUUAGAGGUACUGUUCGUGGUGUUGGCUUCAACACCAAUAGACUUGUCCAUAUUCCAAACCUGGGUGAUUUUCAAAUAUCUAAGAUUGAAAGAUUAAAAGCAUCAAUUAAGACAAAUAAGAAAACUCAGAAGAAUGGCAAUAAAAUUGAUGAUAUUCUUAUAGAUUUGGAGGAAACUAACCAUUUUGAAUCUAAUGAAAAUAGAGAAACAUUAGAUGAAUAUGCACCAGAGGAUGUUGAUUUCGAAGAGUUCUCCGAUGAAGAAGAUUAUGAAUAUGAAAAAUUAACUUCUGCCAGAUUCGAUGAUGGUGGAUAUUUGCCGAGAAGUGAUGAAAAUGAGGAAAGAGUCAAGGUUCCAAAAGGUACUUCGUCGUAUCAGGCAAAAUGGUACUUAGAAGAUGUCAUCAAUCCAGACGAAGAAGCCGCUGAACAAUAUGAAGAUGAAAUAGAGCAAAAUGAUAAAGAUGACAUGAUCAUGGAUACAGAUAAUAUGACAUUUGAAAGUAAUUAUGACCAACAACAAAACUUAGAAGAAGGAAAUGAAGAAGCAGAAGAGGAAGAAGUAUUUAUUGAUCUUUCACCAGAGGAAGAAGAACGUCAAUUACAAGAAUAUAGAGCUUUAGAAAAGGAAGAUCGUGAAUUUCCUGAUGAAAUUGAAUUAAAUCCAGCUGAGUCUGGUAUUGAAAGAUUGAAAAGAUAUAGAGGUUUGAAAAAUUUACAUAACUGUAUUUGGGAUGUUGAUGAAAGGGACCCAGAACGUCCUGGUGUGUGGAAACGUUUGCUAAGAAUUAGUAAUUAUAAAAAUAUUAGAAACAGAUUGUUAAAAGAUGCUUUAGAAGAUGCACAAGUGAUUUCUGGGGAUCAUGUAAAAAUAUACCUAAGUUUACCAAAAAACCUGUUAACAAAAAUAUUAUCACCACAAGCUUAUGCUGUAGCCAUUUAUAGUUUAUUACCACAUGAACAUAAAAACAGUGUUGUGAACUUUUCAUUACAAAGAUGGGAAGAAUAUAAUAAGCCAGUUCCAGCACAAGAACCAAUAAUAGUACAGUAUGGUAUUAGAAGAUACACAAUCAAACCUUUGUUUUCUGCCGACACAAAUAGUCCAAACAAUGUUCAUAAAUUUGAAAGAUUCUUACAUACCGAUACCCAAUCUAUCGCCACUUGUAUUGCUCCUGUCGAUUUUACCCAAUCUCCAGCUAUCUUCUUUAAACCAUCGUCUACAGAAAGGACCGGUAUUGAACUAAUAGGCCAUGGUACAUUCUUAAAUGCAGACCACACUAGAAUUAUGGCAAAGAGAGCCAUCCUUACUGGUCAUCCAUUUAGAUUUCAUAGAAACGUUGUUACUGUUCGUUACAUGUUCUUCAACCCAGAAGAUGUGGAAUGGUUUAAAUCCAUUCCAUUAUUUACCAAGAGUGGAAGAUCAGGAUUUAUCAAGGAGAAGUUGGGUACACACGGCUACUUCAAAGCAAGAUUCGAUGCUAAAUUGUCUGCUCAAGAUGUUGUGGCAAUGUCUCUUUACAGACGUAUGUGGCCAAUGCCAUCGUUACCUUGGACUGGCGAAUUUUAG